GUACGUGUUCGUGAGAGACUCCCCUUUCCACAGAGUGUAGCCCAAAAUGGUUCAGACGCUACAGACUUCAGACAAGUCCCAUGGUCAAGGAACAAAAACGGAGAACACCGUCAUGUUCGUGAGAGUCAUCUUUCCAUAGCGGGGUCAUAAUACUUAGGACACUACAGACGUUUUCGUAAGAAGACCGAUUUUCGGGAUGUCUCAUGGUGCGACAAACACUCUUCUAGUUCUGCCACCUUCCAACUUGCACAGAAGGGCGACAUCGGCGGACGCCCUGGAUUGAGACUGAACCCAUGCAAUAAAAUAUGUUCACUAUUUGUGCUGCUGGCAGAAUACUAGUCCCAGACGUCCGUGUUUUCGUAGCCCGUAUUCAGGAUUUGUGAACAAAACCUAGGGCUCACCAUCGAGCCUUUCCACGAAGAAAUACGUUCACCGGGUUCUCUAAAGAGAUGAACAGCCACGGGAGUAAGAGAGCACCGACCACAGCCACCCAGCGACUGAAACAGGACUACCUCAGGAUAAAGAAAGACCCUGUGCCUUACAUAUGUGCUGAACCCCUACCAUCCAACAUCCUUGAAUGGCACUAUGUGGUUCGAGGUCCUGAGAAAACCCCAUACGAAGGGGGAUAUUAUCAUGGCAAACUAAUAUUCCCUCGGGAGUUCCCCUUUAAGCCACCCAGCAUCUACAUGAUCACACCUAACGGGAGAUUUAAGUGUAACACGCGGUUAUGUCUGUCCAUCACUGAUUUCCACCCGGACACGUGGAACCCAGCCUGGUCCGUCUCCACCAUCCUGACGGGUCUGCUCAGCUUCAUGGUGGAGAAAGGCCCUACUCUGGGUAGUAUCGAGACCUCCGACUACACCAAACGACAGCUGUCAGCCCAGAGCUUGGCUUUCAACCUGAAGGAGAAGGUUUUCUGUGAACUGUUUCCUGAUGCUGUUGAUGAGAUAAAGCAGAAACAGAAGGCCCAGGAGGAGUUGAGCGCCCGCCCCCAGCCCCUCCCCCUCCCCGACGUGGUUCCUGACGGCGACCCUCACCACGGCAACUACGGAAUCCCCGCCCUCAACGGAGGCCAUGCCCCUCUGGGUCCCGCUAACCCUGCCCCCGGCCUCCAGCAGGCCAAUCGGAACCACGGACUGCUGGGCGGGGCCUUGGCCAACCUGUUUGUGAUUGUAGGGUUCGCUGCGUUUGCUUACACGGUGAAGUACGUGCUGCGGAGCAUCGCCCAGGAGUAAGAGGAGAGGAAGAGAGGAAGAGGAAGAGAGGAGAGGAAGAGAGGUCCAGCUACAGGACUAUAAUAUGAUUUAAACACACUAUUGAUAGAAAUUCAGAGCCAUCCGCCUGGAGGAUGGAUGGAUGGAUGGAUGGAGGAGCAGGUGGGGGUUUGGGGGGAAGGAAUGGGACAGGGUUGUUUUGUGGAAACGGUUGUUGAUCCACUCUGUGCUUUCGGUGGUUAUGACCUAAUACCCAGGUGUUAGAAGUGCUUGGCUCGUGGGUUGACCGCUGGCUCAGAAUAGUUCAAGUAAUUGUUUUUUUUCUGCCUAAUUACUCUGAACCCACUGUGUUGUUGGUGUUCUUCUGUGUGCUAGAUGCAUUUAAAUCUAUUGUGUCGCCAUAUUGGUGGGUCCCUGUAAAAAAAGAAUAAUGUGUAAAUUGGAACCAUGUUUCCGUUCUGCCUGUUCCAGUUCUAAGAAGUAUGUCUUAAGUGGGGAUAGAUAGCCCUCUGUUGCCCAGGAAACAAGGUUCAGACUCACUCGGUAAGUGUUGCCCUUCUGUCCUGUGUCCCCUGGGACAGGUAAGACAGACUCCACCCCCACAGGAAGGAGUCUGUGUGUAAUGUCAAUGUAACCCUGGCUUUUAAAGUAGGCUCAUCACAAGAGAAGAGAAGCAGUUUUAUUCAGCCCCCGGGUUUUUGGAAUGAGUCCCGAGUCCUAGAUCAGUUGUCACUGUGUGUGUUGAGCCAAUCUGACAAGGCAGAUCUCUCUGCCCCAAAUGGCACCCUAUUCCCUAUGUAGUGCACUACUUUUGACCAGGGCCAUGUGGAUGUGUUCAAAAGUAGUGCACUAUAUAGGGAAUAGGGUGCCAUUUGGGGGACAGGCCUCAGUCACGUCCCCUGUGGCUCCUUUCCAAAAUAGCUGACGGCUCUUUUCCGCGUGUCUUCUUCAGAAUGCAUUCAUAACGUCACGCUUCAUUCACCCUCGUCUGCACUAAACCAUAUACAUGACUCACAGGUUUCGGUAUGUUUUUGUAUUAAAAAAAACACAAACAAAAAAAACUUACCGCCCAUGUUAAUCACUGACACGGCUGUUUUUUAAGGGGUUAGUUGGAAAAGAGUGGGGUUGUAGGGUAAUUUGGAAAUUAGUAUUUUAUAAGAAAUUGGUUUGGAUGAGGGAAGUCAUUAGUCAUGGGAUAUGUUGCGUAAGAAUGGAAGACCCAGUGAACUCAACCGCUAACCCGGCCUGAGGGCAUGCUGUCUGUCUCUCUGUCUGCCUGUCUGUCUCUCUGUCUGCCUAUCUGUCUCUCUGUCUGCCUAUCUGUCUCUC